AUGAAACAGUCUGACAUUAAUAUUCUUGAUCUACCCAAUGAAAUAUUGCUUAUCAUAUUAAAUAAACUUGAUAAUAUUGAUGUUCUUUAUUCCUUAUUUGGAAUAAAUAAUAAACGACUUGAUAUUUUAUUAGAAGAUGAUGUAUUUACUAACACUCUUAAUCUUGUAACGACAUCAUCAAUCACUGAUUUAAAACUUGAUCGAUUUUGUAUUUAUAUAUUACCUCGAAUUGAUCAUUGUAUAAAAAAGUUCAUUAUCGAAGGAACAUCUAUAGAACGUAUUCUUCUUGCUGGUGAUUAUAAAAAUUUGACUUGUUUAGAAUUGUUCAAUUUUGAACAAGAUAAACUUUUUCGUUAUUUUACUGAUAACUCAGUCUUUCGACAUAUUUUUCAACAUCGUAUAACAGAUCUUAUUCUUCAUAAUAAUGAUCAAUAUAUUAGUAAAAUGCGGUUGGAUAUUUAUACUAGAAAUGUCUAUGGACAUAUAUUGGCUAUUUUCAAAAAUCUAAAACAUUUUACAAUUAUUUCAUCAUCUUUUCACGAAUAUCCACAUUUGUCAAUUUCUUAUCUACCAGCAACUGUUUAUUUCUCUUCAACUCUUACUGUAUUAUGUAUAAAUGUGUUUCACUUUGAAGAUUGUCUAUAUUUACUUGAUGGCCGACUCAAACAACUAAGCACAUUAAUCGUUGAAAUUCGUUAUAUCUUCAAUCUUAAAUUGAUCCAUCAUAAUAAGUGUGAUCUACAUAAUUUGAAGUGUUUCUCAUUAACAAGUUAUUAUGUUACUUUGGAUUAUGAUGAAUCUGUUGUACCACUUCUUCGUCGCAUGACGCACCUCGAAAAGUUAACUUUGUAUGUUCGUACUCGUAGUCGAAGUGCAUUUGUCGAUGGUACACAUCUUCAAAAUGAAAUUCUUCUACAUAUGCCUCAACUUCAUUCAUUCAUAUUUUAUAUCAGUUCAGAAAAUCUAACUUUUGAUUUAGUUCAUCGUAAAUCUUAUGAUGAUAUUCAGCAAACAUUUACAAAUAUAAAAUAUGGACAAACGUCUUGUAUCAUAGAUAAUUUCAACGGUGGUUUUAAGGCUAUAUGUCAUAUUUACUCACUUCCAUUCAUAUUUACUCGUCUGGAAAAGAUUACAACUCAUUUUCCAACUAUUGUAUUUGACACUGUAACUCACUUAUCUGCCUACGAUGUUAUUUCAAUGAAACAUGAAUUUUUUAUGCGAAUAAGUCGAGCUUUUCCCAUGCUUAAACAUUUCUCUUUGGAGAAUGAAAGAAGUCAGACAUGGGAAGGUGGUAAAUGGAAACUUGAUCAGAAUUCAUCUUACUCAAUUAUUAAAUAUCCUAAUAUAAUAUCACUUGAUAUAAUGCAUGUCGAUAUAGAUUAUGUUGUGCAAUUUCUACUUGAAACAAAAACAUAUCUACCUAAUCUAACUGAAUUAAAAGUCAAUUAUUAUCAAUUGAAAAGUGCAACAAUGAACUUUACAAGAGAUGCGACACGAUCCAAUUGUUCUAAAGUGAAACGAUUAAUUGUCGAAGUGCCGAGAGUAUUUUCAAAAGAUGUUUACCAAUAUUUUCCUUCAUUGUAA